AGCGGACCAGGGACGGCGCGGAGUCGGGUCCGCCCGCCAGCGCGGCCGGGAGCACCGGGGUGGUCUGCGCGGCGCGAGCCGGAGCUACGAGGAGCCGGCGCGGAACCAGACAACUGUCUUGAACUCAAACAUGGCUGUGAGGGUAGAUGGUCAGUCCUAAAGACCCAGCCUGGCCUCACCUGCUUCAGAGGGACUCCAGCCCCCUGUGAUCCCUCUGCUCCCCACAGGAUGGGAGCCUGGGCACUGGAGGCCCGGUCAUGAGGGACCGAUGCUCCUCUCCAAAGGCCAUUCCUGCACCCCCAAGGCAUAUCCUGGACCAAAGCCUAGGCAUGGACUCCAGACACAGCAGCUCGAGUGGGGCUGGGGAAGGGGCCUCCUGUGCUGAGAAGCCUGUUGGGAGCUUAGCCUGCAGCCCUCUCCCAGAGACAGUGAGGGCACAUGGAGCCUUGACCUCAGAAGCCUCUGAAACAACUUUGUUUGGGAAACCGGAGCCCAUGUCCUCAGUAGAAGCUCCCUCAGCCGCAGAGGUCAGAAAUCCUUCGUCCUCGGAGAAAAUGGAUUCCAACUCCUUGAAGCAGGAAGAUUCUACUUCCUCAAGAAAAGAAGGGGCUGGGUCCUUGAGAAAGGAGGAGUCCAUGCUGGUGGGAAAGACAGAGCCUCUGAUCUGUGGAAAAGGGGCAUCUGAGACCGGGGUAAGGGUGGAAUGCUCAGCUCCAAAGAAGGAGGAGUCUGGGUCCUUGGGAACAGUAGACACGGCAUGUUCCAGCAAAGUGGAUAUAGUGCCCCCAGGAGGGGAAAAUGCUGGGUCUUUAAGAAAGGUAGAGACUAUAGCCUCAGGCAAAAUGGAUCCAAGAAAGGAGAACCUCAUGUAUUCCAGAAGAGAGUACCCUGAAUCCACAGGAGAGGGAGAUCUUGUGUCUCCGAGGGGAAACGACAUGAAACCCCCAGAUAAGGCAGACCCUGGGUUCUCUGGAGAGCUACCCCCAGGAUCAUCAGGCAAGACAAAACACGUAUCCUCAGUCGCCGUUGCUCCCGUGACCUCUGAAAAUGUGAACCCUGCAUCCUCGGGGAUAACAGAUCCUGUAGCUUCGGGGGAUACAGAAACGUUGUCCUCAGGCAAAGGGGACCCCCGGUUUCUUGGGAAGAAAGAGCCUGUCUCCACAGGAGAGAGUGGGCCUGUGUCUGUGAGAAUGGCAGAACCAGUGUCUGCGGGACAGCCGGAAGGUAUGGUUCCAGCAAAGAAAGAUCCUACAUCUGCUAACAGCACAGGACCUUCAGGCAGAGUGGACUCUGUUUCCUUAAGAAAUUCGGAACUUGUGUCCCCAGUGAAACCAGAACACUUGUCUUCUGGGCAGGCAGAACGUGUGUCCUUGGUAAAAACAGAGACCUUAUUCUCAGGAAAAGAAGAUCCAAGGUCUUCUGGAAGGGUGGAAACGACUGUCACAGGAAACAUAAAAACAUUUCAAAAGGGCAAUCCUGAGUCUUCAGGAAAAACAGAUCCUGUGUCUUCUUUUAGUUCAGGAGAUGCCGGGUCUCUGGGGACAUUGGGGUCCCUGUCUGCUGCAAAAACUGAAACAGUGACUGAGGGAAAAGGAGACCCACAGUCCUUGGAGAAGGCAAGUCCCACAGCCUCAGAAAAGGCUGAUCCCCUGGCUUUAUGCAAGGAGAGCUCUGCAAGCCAGGGAAAGGCAGAAACUGUUCCCUCUGGAGAAGUGGGCUCCACGACUUUAGGGAAAACGGCCUCAACGAGUUCAGGAAAAACGGCUUUGGUGUCCCCAGGGAAGGUGGAUCUCACCGCCUCAGAAAGAGCCGAAGGCGUUCCAGAGCUGAGAGCCCCAGAGAAAGGGAAUCCUGGGAACUCCACACGGGUAGACACCACAGAGCCAAAAUCUGGGGUCAAAGUGGUGACCCAGCUUCCAGGUGCCACAUCCCCAGGAAAGGUGGAAGCUCCGUCUUUGCAAAAAGAGCAGCCACAACCGUCUGAGAAGACUGAUCCCUCCGGAAAAGUCGACCCCACGGCGUCUGUGGAGCCUGUGUCCCUGGGGAAGGCUGACUCUGCAUCUACAUCUCCAUCUCCUAGAAAAGCAGAGUCUCAGACUUCAGCAAAGACUGUCCCUCAGGCUCCAGACAAGGCCACGUCCGCUUUCAGGCAAUCAGAUGGUACACCCUACAGCUCAGCCCAGCCCCGGAGAGAUACCAGGAGCAUCGGGGCCCUGCCAGAGCCGGAACCCUCUGCCAGCACCAGCCAGAAAGACCUAGCCGCAGUGGCAGCUCAGAAGAGCCCCAGCGCGGAGGGUGCAGCGCCCCCGCCAGGGCCACGGACUCGCGACAACUUCACCAAGGCGCCGUCGUGGGACGCGGGAGCGCCACCGCCGCGCGAGGACGCGGGCACGCAGGCUGGCGCGCAGGCCUGCGUCUCGGUGGCGGUGAGCCCCAUGUCUCCGCAGGACGGCGCGGUCGGCCCGGCCUUCAGCUUCCAGGCGGCGACGCGCGCGCCCAGCCCCGCGCCCAGGCCGCCAUCGCGCCGGGACGCGGGCCUGCAAGUGUCGCUGGGAGCCGCCGAGACGCGCUCGGUGGCCACGGGGCCCAUGACUCCGCAGGCCGCAGCGCCGCCCGCCGCGCCUCCCGUCUUCCCCGAGGUGCGGGUGCGGCCAGGCUCGGUGUUGGCCGCCGCCAUGGCGCCCCAGGAGGCUGCCGAACCGGUGCGCGACGUGAGCUGGGACGAGAAGGGCAUGACGUGGGAAGUGUACGGUGCCUCCAUGGAGGUGGAGGUGCUGGGCAUGGCCAUCCAGAAGCAUUUGGAGCGUCAGAUCGAGGAGCACGGCCGCCAAGGGGCGCCGGCGCCGCCGCCCGCCGUCCGUGCGGGCCCAGGCCGUGCAGGCUCUGUGCGCACCGCGCCAGCCGAGGGCGCCGCUAAGCGCCCGCCAGGCCUCUUCCGCGCGCUGCUGCAGAGUGUGCGCCGGCCGCGGUGCUGCUCGCGGGCGGGACCCACAGCCGAGUGAUCUGUUCCCGUUUUUGUAGGCCCGGGUUUCCAACCUUCUCAGGCUCCCAUUCUUGAUGUCUGGCCCUUGAAAGCUAUGUCCCACCCCUAAGUGCGUCACGCCUCCGAGGAGUGAGCAGCCUUUAGGGACUUCUUUCCAAUCCCUCCUUUCUUUCCCAAACACUGACAAAACCACCCUUAUCCAGUCCCUUUGUGGCCACGAGCCCACACACCCAGCCCUGACAACUCCACCCUGGUGCCCUCACAGCCUUUCGCUCCACUCUCGCGGGAACUACUGGGAGAGCACAGGGACCUGCUCCCACCCUUCCACCCUAGAGUUGAGGCAGGCUCCUGAGACGGCCAGACUGGUGCUUUGAGGCUUCCAGUGGGCCAUGUCCCCAGAAUGGGGAAAGACUGCAUGCAGAUCUUUAAGUGUUCUUUCACGUGUGCCAGAAUUGAUAUAAGGCCACCAGAAAGGCAGGCUCUGAAUAGGAGUCUCGGGGGAGGGAGGGGGGCAGUGAGUCUCUGAGCAGUGAGGGGUCUCCACAUGGUGCUGGCCCCAUGGCCAGGGCAUCUGUUGCAUGCUGUUGGUAAUCUUACCCCCAUCCCUGUCUCUCCCUACCUAGCCCAGUGCCCUAGCCCUAUUUCCUCCCCCUACCCAGUCACUAUGCACAGUUCCCAUAGAGGCCAAAGGCUAGGAGUGCCCUGGGACUCAACAGAGGAUAGUCAUGGAAAGGCCAGAGGGUCUUAGACAGGACUGAAGGUCAUUGUAAGGCUCAUAGAAGGUCUCAGGCCAUCGAUCACCUGGGUGACAGCUGGUCUUGGGUAUUGGGAACAAGAUGGAGGGCCCAUUUGACAUUCACAGCUGUCUUUUAAAGGUUCCUCUCUUAUCCCUCUCCCCACACCACCCACAAUGCUGUGAGACCCACAUUCCUUGUAACCACUGAGUGUCCUGGUCCGUAAGCCUCUAGCCUCAGUUUUUGGCUACUAACUGUCACAGUAUACAUUGGUAAUAAAACCUUUCCCCAA